CGACUGACGACCGACAACCCCCACAACACUGCUCCCGGCCAGUUACCCAUUACCUAGCAGACACCUCAGAUCUGACCCUACAGUCCUCAGAAUCUUCAAGUUGGAAGGGAAAGUCGUUUCUAUUUUCGGCAGGAUCUUCACCCCGCCUCCGAUUGUCAACCAUAUCCGCAACCUUAUGACAAGAACUACAGAAGGAGGUGCUUCAGAGGGAGGAGAGGGAACUAUCAACCUGGGACCAACCAUCCCAGGAACACCACUCACAAACCCGACACCAACGUCCAAGGAGACAAAUGUACCUACACAAUAUGAAAGACCAAUUGAAAUAUCAACAUUUGAAAGACCACCGACAAACUCGGCCACAGAACCGUUUGAAAGACCACCACCUAACCAGAAAAAAGAUUUUGUAUCUAACAAACCUAACAUUUCAAAAACACAAAUGAAUGAGUUCCGGGAAGCGUUUAGGCUGUUUGAUAAGGACGGAGAUGGAAGUAUCACACAGGAGGAGUUGGGCAGAGUAAUGCGGAGUUUGGGACAAUUUGCGAGAGAAGAGGAGUUGCAGCAGAUGCUACAUGAAGUAGACAUUGAUGGAGAUGGUUACUUCAGCUUUGAGGAGUUUGUUGAAAUUGUUUCCAACAUGGGAGCAACAGCUGAAAAAACUGCAGACCAAGAAGAAAAGGAGCUCCGAGAUGCAUUCAGAGUAUUUGAUAAACACAAUAGAGGCUACAUAAGUGCUUCUGACUUGCGGGCUGUUCUUCAAUGUCUGGGAGAAGAUUUGUCUGAAGAAGAAAUUGAAGACAUGAUCAAAGAAGUAGAUGUGGAUGGUGAUGGUAGAAUCGACUUUUACGAGUUUGUGCAUGCCCUCGGAGAGCCAGGAGCCGAUGAUGACAUGGAAGAAGAAGAUGAAGAUGCUUUGAUACAAGGCUAAUCAACACCAUCCAUAUCAAACAGACAUUUCUGAAUUUACUUGGAAACUAUAAUUUAAAUGUUGAGUUUACACCAUACAAAGCUUAUUUUUCAACAUUUGAAGUGAGUGUUGAAUUAAUAUAACUAAAACAAUUUAUAUAUUUCUUAGUUCAUUCAUUUUUUUAAAUCUACCAUUUGGGUUCAAAUUUUUAGAAAAAUUAGGUAUCUAUAUUGUUAACCAUUUGACUCACAAAGAACUAUACAGACUGUCCCAAAAGUCCCGGACCGGUUUAAUAUUUUCUAAACGACUACAGAUAAAUCAAUAAGAUUUGGUACAUCAACACCACACCUAAAAAUCUACUUUUUUAAGGAAAUAUCGAAUUUCUGUCACAUCAUGGGGACGUCCUGCAAGGAGUCAGAAGGGAAUCUUAAAUAGAAGCAUAGGUUGACAUGUACAUCAAAUAAAAGGUCUUUACUAGCAGAAUAUAAUGCUGCAAAUUUGAGCUCAAACGGACAACCAAGUCAAGAAUGACAGUGGUUCAAAGAUUCAUUUAAUUUGCAUUUGGGGGCACAGCCCUAGGAAUUGGAAAAAAAUUGUUAACGUAAGCAUAGGUCGAUAUGCACAUCAAAUUAAAGGUCUUUACUAGCAGAAUAUAAUGCUGCAAAUUUGAGCUCAAACGGACAACCAAGUCAAGAAUGACAGUGGUUCAAAGAUUCAUUUAAUUUGCAUUUGGGGGCACAGCCCUAGGAAUCGGAAAAAAAUUGUUAACGUAAGCAUAGGUCGAUAUGCACAUCAAAUUAAAGGUCUUCACUAGUAGAUUACGAUGCCGUAAAUUCAAGCUCAAAAGAACGCCUGAGUAAAAAAUGGCAGUCGUUCAAAGAUUCAAAAUGGGAGGUUCAAGAAAUCUUUGAACGGCCGCCAUUUUGUAACGGGUUGUCCUUUUGAGGCGCGGUUUCCGGCAUUGAACUCUGCUAGCUAAGCUCUUUAAACUGAUGUGCAUAUUGACCUAUGCUUCUAUUUAAGAUUUCCUUCUGACUCCGUGUGGGACGUCCCCAUGAUAUGACAGAAAAUUGAUAGUUCCUUAAAAAAGUAGAUUUUUAAGUGUGGUGUUGAUGUGCAAAAUAUUAUUGAUUUAUCUCUUGUCGUUUAGAAAAUAUUAAACCGGUCCGGGACUUUUGGGACAGUCUGUAUAAUGGGGUGCCAUAAUUUAAAAAUAAUUACUGGAAGCUACUGUUGUAGGGCUUGUGCGACAGACAUUUAUUUGUGAUCAAUGCACAGGCUCUACAGUGUACAAUGCCAUCAGGUUGUGGGUUCAAAUCUGUCUCAGUCAGGUCUCAUUAGGAGCUAACUUGUCAAUGGCAAAUCUAAAUAGGAGAGCCUCUUUUAAUAACAGUAAUUGGACGUUUCUAAUGGAAGUUGACUAAGUGGUGUAUUAUUAUUUGUUAGCUACACUAUUAUUUGUGCACGGUUGCAGUUACUGACAACUGAUUUAUAUGAACAUUUUUACUGUCUCACAAGAUACAGAAAAUUUAAGAAAAUAAUCAAAUCAACCAAUAAUCUCAGGGGUUCAAACGGUUAAGAAAGACUGAUUGGAUCACAUUAUUAUGGCAAAAUAAUGCCUCAAUGCAAAUGGUCUCGGGGAGCGAGCUGGCGUAGUGGUUAGAGCGCGGGACUUCAGUCCCUGAGGUCCCGGGUUCGAUCCCCGCCAAGUCACCAAUGGAUUUUAUCUAAGUGAUAAUGCCGCAACUCCUAGGUCUAGCCUGAAGUAAUGUGAAAAACAAUCCCAGGCUCGUGCCUAGCGUCCUAGGACAAAAAAAAAAGAAAAGGCAAAUGGUCUCACUUUGUACAUAUUUUUUCCACAAAAUUUAUGUGUAUUUUCCUCUAUGUGUGAAACCCGGACACAGCUAUUCUAUUAUUACUGACAUUAAGCAAAAGAAUUUCUCAAUUAAGCAAUUAUCUGCUUUGUGGUUUAUUGUCUUUGAAUACCAAAUCUUCCUCGACCUUGCUCUUAAUAGAGUAUAGUGACAAGACCAAACAGCUAAUAAAUAGCCAAUAAAAAGUAAUACUGCUAUCAGACAAGUUUAAUAUAAGAAUAUAUACAAGUUGGUGUGAAAAUAAAUGUUUAAUCAUUUAUACUACUGCAAAACCUAUAGUUUUCAGGUAUAAAUUGUUUACGUUUCUGUACAAAUGAUUAUCUAGAAUCCAAUAUUUUCAGAAUCUGUCAGGAUUUCUAUCUUACAAUCAUAUUUGUAUUGUUUGAUAAAAUCAAAAUGUAUUGUGAUUAUUGAAUUUUUAAAUAUAUGAUUACCUUAAAUGUAACACCAAUUAACUGGGACAUUUCUACAUUAUUCAUGUGAGGUGCAAAUCCUUACAAAGCUAUGCUUCAAUGUCAUAUAUAUCAUCUCCUGGCUUGUGCUAAUAUUGUGUAUAAUUUUUAAUAAAUAAAUUCGUAUCAUUGUGUAAA